AUGUCCGCCCGCUACGACGCCGAGAAGGGCGACACCGUCCCCUCCGACUACCACCACCACGCCGCCGUGGUGACUGCCGCGCCCUACAGCCCGCCGAAGCGCGCCAACCCCACGCCGCUGGGCCUCUUCUCCUUUGCGUCGACCACCCUCCUGCUCUCGUUCCUCAAUGCCAACGUCCGCGGCCUGCACGCCGCCAACAUGGUCGUCGGCAUGGCCUUCUUCGUGGGCGGCAUUGCCCAGUUCGUCGCCGGCAUCUUCGAGUACUAUGCCGGCGCAACCUUUGGCUUCACCGCGUUCGUGACCUACGGCUGCUUCUGGGGCUCGAUCGGCUGCAUCUUCUGGCCGUCGAGCGGCAUCCUCGCGGCGUACAAGACGCCCGAGGACCUGAACAGCGCGCUCGGCCUGUUCAUGAUGGUGUGGUUUGUCUUCACCACCAUCAUGACCAUUGGCACUAUCCGGUCCAACGUCGGCCUGUUCUGUGUCUUCUUCUCCGUCGACAUCACGUUCCUCCUCCUCGGCAUUGGCCACCUCACGAUCAACCCCCACAUCCUGCAGGCAGGUGGAUACGUCGGUAUCAUUGCCGCAUUCUUUGCGUACUAUGUCGCCACGAGCGCACUGUACGCCGCCGAGGGCAUGCCCUUCUCCCUUCCCGUCGUGCCCCUUGUCAAGGACGACUAA